GGACUCCUGCCCCGCGUGGAGGCCGGCGCGCGAACACACGGGCACCCUCGGCAUCCGCGGGCGGGGAGACCGCAUCGACGACCUGCGGAGCCCCUGCCCUGGGCUGUAACGCAGGCCUGCCACGCCGUUUCUCUUUGCUUUGCCAAUUUGUGUUAAAGCACAGAAGACCGUAUCCUUCCAGGGCGCGAGGCAGCACCAACCUGGUGCGCGUCCCUGCCGUUUUAUGGGGCAUCUGGGUUUGUGGACUUCCACCCCACCCUAGUCGGUUCAGAACGCCCCUUAAUUACGGAUGCGCAGUACAGGUCGCCGUGCAGGUUCCUGGCAUUGAUGGAGUAGAGAGUUGAAACUAACGUUGGUAGUUUAAAAAAAAAAAAAAAAGCCUGCUGUACUGCAAAAUUAGACGUCAUGGGAUUGCCUGCUGUGUUCCCCGCAGCAACCGUCUUCCUCCCUGCUUCUUUACAGGUAUGUUGGCACUGCCAAUGACACACACUUGCAUGAGACUGCUCUUUAGAGAAGAGUAACAUGAAGAAGAAAGCACCAUGUGGAAUCCAUUUGGUAUUGAAUGGGUGGUGCAGGCUUUUCGCUUUAGUUGAUGCCGUGGCAGAAGCUCUGGGGUUUAAUGUCCUCAGUCAAAUGGAUGAAAGCCUGGCACGCCAGUUGGUGGAGCUAGGCUACCGAGGGACUGGAGAGGUGGUGAAAAGGGAAGAUUUCGAAGCAAGGAAGGCAGCGAUAGAGAUUGCAAUGCUGGCUGAAAGAACUCAGAAAAAGACAUUAACAAGUGCUGGUAAAGACCUGCAAGAUAAUUUUCUGAAGGCUUUGGCACUGAGAGAAGAAGACAAUCGCAAUGGAAAAACUGUGAUCUUUAUUCGUGAUAGAAAUUCUCAUGGGCAGGAGGUGUCAGGAUACAUUGACUAUGCCCACAGGCUAAAGAUCGAAGAUUUUGAAGUUUAUUUUAGUGGAAAAAGAAGACUUCUUCCAAAACCUACGGAUAUGAGCUUUUACAACUGGGACAGUCAUAUUGCUGUUUGUAAUUCAACUCCCAAUUAUCAAGUGAUUGCUGAUAAUCCAGAAGGCUUACUUUUCAAAUACAAAAGAGACAGAAAAAUUCUCAAUGUGGACCCAAAGACUUUACCAGGUGACAACUCUACUAGAACUCCUAUCCAAACAGAACUCUACAUUCAAGCUGUUAUUUUUGACCACAUUUCCAGAAGAAAGACUUAACUACUAACAUGAUAGAUGGUCCCCUAAAGGCUUACUAAGUUUGAUUGAAUCCUGUAACCAGAAGCAAAUUAGAAUAAUAAAUGAAUCCUGUGGCUAGAAGACAAAUUAGAAUAAUAAAAGUUGAUAAAGAAUUUAGAAAAAG